UUUUCAGGGGAUGAACAGUCAGUACGCCCGCCGGGAGAUCUUCUGCCGGAACACCUGUCACGAGCUCAAGCGCUUCUGGGAACGGGAGAUUGGCAAGCAGACCUACUACCGGGAAUCCGAGGAGUAUCGCCUGGGACGGAGUGCCCUGAGAAAGUAUGUGGCUCGUUUGUCUAUUUUUUAAACUAGUUUUUAAAAACAGACUUUAUUUUCGGGGACACCUGGGUGGCUCAGUCAGUGACGCAUCCGACUCUCGAUUUCAGCUCAGGUCAUGAUCUCAGGGUUGUGAGUUCGAGGCCCGAGACGGGCCCUGCCCUGGGGGUGUGAGGUUGAACCCCGAGUCAAAGGCCACUUGAGAUUCGCCCUCUCUCUCUGCCCCUUCCCCUACUCAUGUGUGCACAUGAGCUCUCUCUCUCUCUCUCUCUCUCUCAAAUAAAUAACUUAAGUCUUUUUUAAAAAUAGACUUCAUUUUUUAGGGCAGUUUUAAGUUCACAGCAAACUUAAGCAGAAAGUAGACUUCCCCUAUAUCCCUCCAUGCACAACCUCACCACCAUCAGCGUCUCCACCAUGAAGACACAUGGACAUAGCAUUGCCACCCCUGUUUAUUUUUUUUUUUUAAGAACAAAACUGACUUCCCCAAAAGAAUGCCAGAUGGGCAUCUUAGAGAACAAAAUUAUUUUCAUUUUCCUUGCAUAUGGUCCUGCCACCACCUAUAGUUGUGGGCAGUGAUUUAAAAAAUUCUUCUACGUUAACAAACGUACACUUUGAUUCAAAUCUUUAUAGAUGGAAAAAUCUCUCCCCUCUGUCACCAUUUCUAGGGCGUUAGGGUUACACUAAAUUUGGGGAGCAGGUUAACAGAUGUGUCUGUGAAAAGCAGAUUCUCAGUGCUCAUUUGGGUGAAGACACAGGACACCCUUUGAGGUUCUCUGAGAGGGGUUGAUGGGCUGUCGCCCCUCUGCCGCGCAUCCCUGCUGUAGCCGCACCAGUCUGCCCACUGCAGAGCAGUAAUGCAACUGGGCGAACGGAGGUUGCCGUGGCUGUGGGAACGGUGGCAGCUCAACACCCUCACACACUGCCUCCACGUCUGGGAGCCAGUGAGGAACAGGCCCAUCUGGGUCCCCUGUCCCCUCGUGGCACAGCGCAGCCGCUGUCUGUUUGCAAAGGGCACAGCUUGUGUGUGGCCAGGGGUGGUGGGGCAGCUGUGUGCUGGCCGAGACCCCACGCGGCCGGUGCACGCUCGCUGGGCUGACGGUAUGCACCGAUCCACAUGACCUGAACUCACUGCUGCCUUCCAAGCGCCCUCCCAGCCUCGGCCACACAUGGAGAGCUGCUCAGCCAUACUCUCCUGGCCGCAGGCAAGGAGAAGCAGCCUGUCCCAGCUGCUGGAGGGCCACGUUCCGGAGUCCCCUCCGGGGAAUCUCCGAGAAGCUGAGGUGCACGGUCAGUUAGUUCUCAGUUAGUCCCUAUCAUCUUCCUUCGCCAGGCCAGGCCACUCAGCAUGCUGCCCAUGCCGUGCAUGCACGCGUGUCCCUGCCGUGCAUACAUGUGGCCCACCCCACCAUGCAUGCGUGUGUCUCCCCGGGGAACCCACAGAAGGUCCUAGAUGCAGUGGAACUGCUCCAAGAAGACGCAGAAAGUGAGGCGCACCCCAAGGGGGUGAGCAAAUCGGCUCCGAAACAAACUGCAGUUUGUUGAAACAUGAAAACAUAUGUGCACCGGGCCCAUCUAUGCACGUAAGAGGAAAUAAGCUUUCUGGCUGGUGGGACGGCAAGACUCCAACUUACGUAUCCUUCUUCCCCUCUCCCAUUUGAACCGGGUGGCCCCUUCCAGAAGGUCUCUGCUCUCACCCACUGCUCCAUCUUGUCCCUGCACAAAAUGGAGAAGAGGGUCCCAGUCCAUCAGGCUGUUCCGAGGCCAGGACAGGAAAACAUGCCUGGGGUCGGUUCCCCUGCGUCCCGCCUAGUCCAGGACGGCACCCGCAGAAACAAGACGCCAGAGGACGGCCGGGCCCUGAGGUCGGGGCGAGUCGGCAGCUCUCCCCGGGCCUUCGGUUUCUCCUUGUUACUUUCCCACAGGCAGUCAGAGGAGAGGCUGAGGACAGUCCCCAGCUCCCUGGGGGUGGGGGGCCGGCGCUCAGCAGUGUGGCUCGAACGCUCCACAACCUUACCGAUCUCUUGCCUGUUCCCUCGACACAGAUUUGUGUUUCUCCCUACAGCUCUGUCUCAUUUCAUUUCUUGCAUUUUUGUACAAAUGUUGGAUAUUCUCUUGAUAUAUCAUAUCCUCCCAAUAAAUUGACCCCCUUACUGCACAAUGACCGUCUUCCUUUGCUAAUGUUCUUGCCUAGGAGAUCCAUCCUGUGGGACAUUACUAUGACCACGCGGCUUUCUUUGAUUGGGGUUGAGAUGGAGUCUUUUCCCAUCCUUUAGUUACAGGACUUUUGUUCCCUUAGCGUCCGUGGCUCUUGGUCAUGCUGCUUCGAAGACCAAGACCAAGGCAGAGGCCUAGGCAGAGGGAGAAGCAGGCUCCCCGCAGGAGUCGUGGGCAGUCAAAGCGAAGUUUAAUGAGGGAUAGUAUAAAGCUCCCGGGGAGGGAGGGGACCUGAGAGGAUUGCCGUUUUGGGUUCAAAUCUAGGAGUUUUAACAAGCUCUUUCGAGGAAGUAUCUUAAGCAUCGUGAGUGUGGGCCCCCUGUGGACUGGCUGCUCAGGUGUGCCAGUGAGGGCUUUGAUCCCGCACCUGUCUACCUAUCGGGUUAUUGUUCACAGGUUGCUGGUCUUUUGGGCUGACGUGUGGAGUCAGCCUCAGCUUGUGAUAGUGACCAGUGUUUUGUGGUUAACUGUUUUGUUUCAGGAUGUUUUGCAAAAGUCACUCCUGCAGAGGCUGCUCGACAGGAUGGUACUGUGAUCUUGUCUAAGCUGUAAAACAGCAUGCUAGGCCGGUUUUGUCUUAGCUGCCCCGGCUCCCUGUUUUCUCACUGGGGACCCUGGCCCUGACUAUCUAAGUGUCCAAUCAACCUCUCACUCUUUUAAUUUUCACCUAUUGCUGUCUUAUAUUAAAAAGUGGUUUUCCUGCAGGCAACACCUAUUUCAAUAUUUUUUUUUAUUCCAUUUGGCAAUCUUGCAUUUUAAUUGAGUGGUUCACAUCAUUGAUGCUAAUUGGUGUGAUUGGGUUUAAAUCUGCCAUCUUGCUAUUUGUCCCCCUGUUCUCUCAUCUGUUCUUCGUUCCUUUCUUUUCUGCCUUCUUUGGGGUGAAUUAAAUAUUUGUCAUGAUUUCAUUUCAUCUCCUCUGCUGGCUUUUUCACAGUAUCUCUUGGUGUUAUUUUAGGGGUUGCUUUACGACCCUUGUCGCAGUAUGCCAUCGAGCGGCACGUGGUCUCCUAUAGGUGGGAGAGCCUCACAAUGGCACAAACCCACUCUCCCCCCCACCCCACCUGGCCCUUGUGCCCUGGUGCAGAGUACAGAUCCUCUGUACAGAUCCACACAACACCAUUAACAGUUUUGCUUUCAGGCACUGAUUAUCUUUUAAGGAGAUUCAAGGUGGGAGAGAAAAUUAUUAAUAUACCCACACAGUUGCAUUUUCAGGUGCCCUUCCCUCCAUCAUGCAGAUCCCAAUCUCCCAUCUGGUGUCAUUCUCCCUUGGCAGAUUCCCUUUAACGUGUCCCAUAGAAACAGGCUGCUGGUGAUGAAUUCUUUCCGUUUUUGUAUGGCUGAAGACAUCUUUAUUUCACCUGUUUUUGAAAAAUAACUUUGCCAAGUGAACAAACAAUUCUAGAUGGACAGAUGUUUUUUUUCCCCCUGUAAAUUUUUUUCAAGGUUUUAUAUCUUCACUUUUAAGUAAUCUCUACAGCCAACAUGGGGCUUGAACCCCAAGAUCAAGAGUUGCGUGCUCCACCAACUGAGCCAGCCAGGGCUCCUCUCCCUGCAUUUUUUUUAAGAUUUUAUUUAUUUAUUCAUGAGAGACUCAGAGAGAGAGGCAGAGACACAGGCAGUGGGGGAAGCAGGCCCCACGCAGGAAGCCUGACCUAGGACUCGAUCCUGGGACUCCAGGAUCACACCCUGGGCCGAAGGUAGGCGCCAAACCACUGAACCACCCAGGGAUCCCCUCUCCCUGUAUCUUAAAUACAUUGCUUUCUCAAAGGAAGAGUUAGAAGGAUUAAUAUUAGAAUAGCCUGAACAGAAGUGAGAGCUAAAUAUAUACCUAUAAAGUAUAAAGUAUGCAUAUAUUUAAAUUUCAAGUCCUCUGCAUACCUUUUUUUUUUAAAGAUUUUAUUUAUUUCUUUAUUUGUUUAUUUGACACAGAGAGAGAGAGCACAAGCAGAGGGAGCAGCAGGCAGAGGCAGAGGGAGAAGCAGGCUCCCUGCAGGGAACCCCAAUGCAGGACUCGAUCCCAGGACCCCGGGAUCAUGCCCUGAGCUGAAGGCAGACACCCAACCACUGAGCCACUCAGGUGUCCCCCUGCAUACCUUUCCCCCCCCCACAUACCUUUUAAAACCUAAAUGCACACACAAACACACACACACACACACACACAUUUUAGGGGGGAAAAAAAGGAAGGAAGCAUCCCUGAGCCAAAUGCCAUGGACAUGGGUGCUCUGCUUGCUGUGUGGUUUCUAUUUUCAGGCUCAGAGAGGAAUGGAGGCAGAGACUGGAAGCAAAGCUGAGGCUGCGGAACAAUCCAGAUGAGACAGAAAAGCGGGCAAACAUGGGCCGGGAGCUUCUCACUUCGCUGACACAAGAGGAUUCAAAGCACUAAGGUGGCUCUGCCAGUAGAAAUCAGUGCAAAUGCCCGAGUCCCUGAGCUAUGCCAGACAGAUGUCACACUACCCUGACCCGUGACAGAUCUACCCGCACGUCCUCCUCGAUGCCAAGUGGGCCUUAUUAGCCAAGUCAGGCACCUCCACGUGGGGGCCAGGAUAUUAGCCUGAGCGCCUCUAAAGAUGAGAUUAGCAUCCAUGUAGCAUACUUUAUCUCCAUACAAUUACCUUCUAAUUUUCAAAUCUACAUAUUUUAAAUUCUAAGCACAUGCUGGGAGGGGGGUUGUCAGGGAAGGACCUGAUCUUCAUGGUCACACUUUAACAUUGCCCACCAGUGUCAUUUCGCAUCUCUCCUAGAAACAGUGUCUCAUGAUCCUUUCUCUUGUUUUCUUUUUGUGAGAAGAAAAAUGCCAUCUGCAGAAAUAGCUAUACUGUAAAUAGUCAUAAAAAUGUUUGUCAAGAAAUUGAUUUAAUAUUAUUUCUCCUUCAUGUGAAUUUAAUUGGCUUCCUCAAAGCAUGUUUGCCAAGAACCGUUCAAUCAUAUCAGGAUAAUUUUAAUAAAGCUUGGUUGCCUUGCCACCACAGACCUGCACGCUCUGUGUUUCGUUGCUUUAUUUCAAAUUCCCACACACUUGCCCUGGCUAGCUCUCUGUCAGCUCAGCUGAAGUAUAUCUGGCCACCCCCAACAAAGUGUUUGCCAUAUACAUGUUCUGGAUUUUGAAAUGUCACAGUCACUCCCCAGCCAUGUCUUGGGUCCCCAGGGUAGGGUUGCUACUUCCUAAGGUAUAAACUGAAAUGGGGCCUUGGCAAUAGUUUCCACCUGGGACAAGGGCUCCGAGAGACCAUGUAAAGUACUAGAAGGCUGCAGGCCUUACAUGCACAGGACCAAUGUCACCAGGACACACAGCAAGGCAGAGGCAAUUCUGGGCAGUGGCACGUGUGUAGUUCCAGUCCUCUGUGUGCCCUGGUGUGCCAGACGGUGCUUCCAUCCACAUCCUCAGGGAGUCCAAGAGGCUUCAUUAAGGCAAUGGAAGCCACCAGAAGGCGAAUAGGGUUGGAGAGCAUUUCCCCAGGUCCCAUGCUCACUUGAUUCAGUGAAGAGGUCUCAGAGCCCUUCCUCCCUCUAUGGUUUCAUUUAACGUGGGAUUCUUUUUCUUUCUUUCUUUCUUUUUUUUUUUUUUAAGGUUUUAUUUACUCAUAAGAGACACAGGGAGAGAGAGAGAGAGAGAGAGAGAGAGAGAGAGAGAGAGAGAGACACAGGCAGAGGGAGAAGCAGGCUCCAUGCAGGGAGCCUGAUGUGGAACUCGAUCCCGGGUCUCCAGGAUCACGCCCUGGGCUGCAGGCGGCGCUAAACCGCUGAGCCACCGGGGCUGCCCUUAAUGUGGGAUUCAAUUCAGCUAAUACACUACAAAUUCCAGCUGGGUUCAGGCGAGAGUGUUGUGAUGGCAGAGGAAUUUUUGUUGAGUAGGAGGAAAAUAGGAAUUAAAUAGAGGAAGAAGAGAGGUCAGGGCUUGCUGGUGAGGGACUCUCAGAUGCAAAGGCCUGCCAUCAUGAACUACAAUGGGAUCCAAAUGCAGGUGAAGAUUCGUUCAUUGACCCAUUGACCACACACCAGGCACUGUGCUAGGCAACCAGAGAACUGCAGAGAAACCCAGAAGCACAGGCUCUGGAGGCCACAGUCUGAGAAGACAGCAGAAAAGUGAAGGGUAUUUGGGCAUAAAGGACUUUCACACUGGGAGCCAUAGUAGGCAAAGCUGCCCACCCUCUAGGGGGCCCAUCCUGGUCUAGGGAGGGCUUAAGAAAAGGCUAGUAACAUAAAUGUGACCCUGAUGAAGGUAAGAUACAGGGAUGGUGGGUCCUGGUGGCCUUAAGGGAAUACAUAUAGUAACGUGAGACUGGGAAUGAGGAGAAGCUGUGAGUCUGCAGAAAUCACCCUCCCAGGUCUUGUUGGCCAGGAGACUUGGAGCUUCUCCCAAGGGCACAGGAAGCCACCGAAGGGUGUUGGCAGGGGUGGGCCACAAUGGCCUUGGUCCUGGAGGGUUACCCUGCACUGAAAGGUAGGAGGACAGAGGUGGGAAGGCCAGACAGGAGCAUCUGCAGAUGCCUCCUGAGAGGCAAGAAGGUCUAUGCUAAGGCCUUGGUGCUCUGGCAAGUCCCUUUUUCUGGGACUGGAAAGAAAGGGGCAGAGAAGCAUCAGGGCCAUUUUCUCAUAGUCCUGGAAGCUAGAGGCUGGAAGUCCAAGAUCAAAGUGUCAGCAUGUCAGUUCUGAGGAGGGUCCUUUCCUGCCUUGCAGACUGCUAUAUUCUCAUAGUGUUCUCACACGGGAUGGGAGGAAUGGGUGGGGAGUAAUCUCUGGGGCCUCUUUUUAUGAGGACAGUGAUCCCAUCAUGAGGGCCUCACCCUCCUCAUCUUAUCCAAAUCUAAUUACCUUCCAAGGGCCUCAUUUUCAAAAACCAUAUAUGAAUUCUCAGGGCUUCAACAUAUGAAUUUUAGGGGUUGGGGAGGAAGAGGAGAUACAACAAAUUCACAACAGAAUGGGAUGUUUUAAAUCUGAAUAUCAAGUCCUGGAUACAUCACAUUUAUAAAACUGACCAGGAUCAACACAGCAAAAGCUUUGAGAGCUCUACUAUGGUGUGGGAUCCUGCCCAGAUUCCAGGCUGGCCUCUGAGUAGCACACAAGUAGCAGAUCACAAAAGCACGGCAAAGGCUUUGAAAAGUAAUUGACAUUUAAAACAUAGCCCACAAAAGUGAGCCAGGACAUGCGUUCUUAAUAUAAAUAGCUUGACUGCUUGCUAAAAUAGAUUUGUAAAAAGGGGAGAGUCUCAUAACCUUGUACUCCAAAUGUCCAAGAUAUAAUCCAAAAUUACUUAUAACAUAGCCAAGUAAAUCUCAACCGAGUUGAAAAAGGAUAAUCAGCAGAUAGCAGUACAGAGAUGACACAGAUGUUCGAAUUAUCAGACUAGGAUUUUGAAGCAGUUAUGUAAAUGCUCCAACAAGCAAUUACAAGCACUCCUUAAGCAAAUGGGAGAAGUUUAAAAAUCUCAGCAAAGACAUGAAAAAUAUAAAAAAAGAACCAAAUGAAAUUUUAGAAAUUAAAGAUACAAUAACUAAAAUCCACAAACAACAAAAAUAACACUGGAUAAGCUCAACAGUAGGGUGGAAAAUACAGAGGAAAGGAUUUAGCAAGCUUAGACAGUUAAUAAAAUUACCUAAUUUGGACAACAAGGAAAAACAGUUUCCCUUUUUUUCUUUUUAAGUAAUCUCUAUGACUAACAUGGGCUCAAAGUCAUGAUUCCAAGAUCAAGAGUCAUACAUUCUACCAACUAAGCUGGCUGGACACUCUAAUAAUUUUCUUUUUUAAAAAAGGAAGAGAAUCUCAGGACCUGUGGGGCAAUAACAAAGUAUCUAAACUUUGUGUCAAUGGAGUUCUGAAAGGACAGGAUGUCCACUUUCACCACCUCUAUUCAACAUAGUACUGAGCCUAGCCAGAGCAAUCAGGCAAGGUUGACACAGAUGACGUGUGACAUGACACCAUAUAUACAUAACCCAAAAGAUUCCAGAAACAUACAAAAAAGAAAUGUUAGAACUAUUAAUAAAGGAAAUCAGAAAAGUUGCAGAAUACAAAAUCAACAUGCAAAAUGCAAUUACAUUUCUAGUAAACCAACAAUGAACUGCCUGAAAAAGAUUGUGAAAAUAGUUCCAUUUGCAAUUGCAUCAAAAAGAAUAAAAUAUUUAGAAACUAGCUUAACCAAACAGGCAAGAGACUCAUGCACUGAAAACUAUAAAACAUUGCUGAAAGAAAGUAAAGAUGACACAAAUUGAUGGAGAAACAUUCUGCGUUCAUGGGCUGGAAGACUCAGUAUUGUUAAGAUGUCAAUACUACCCAAAACAAACAAUAGAUUCAGUGCAAUCCUAUAAAAAUCCCAAUGGUGUUUUUUAUAGAAAUAGAAAAAUCCAUCCUAAAAUUCAUAUGGCAUCUCAAGGAAUUCUGAAUAACCAAAACAAUCUUGAAAAUGAAGAAUAAAGUUAGAGGACUCACAUUUCCUGAUUUCAGAACUUUUUAGAAAGCUAAAGUAAUCAAAACAGUGUAUACUGGCAUAAAGACAGACAUAUAGGCCAAAGGAAAAGGAUAGAGAGCCCAGAAAUAAGCUCUCACAGAUGUAGUCAAAUGACUUUUGACAAGGGUGCCAAGACCAUUCAAUGAGGGAAAGCACAGUCUUUUCAACAAAUGGUCCUGGGAAAAUUGAAUCUCCUCACACAAAAGAAUGAAGCUGGACUCUUACUUCACACCAUAUACAAAAAUUAACCCAAAAUUGAUCAAAGACCUAAACAUAAGGGCUGAAACUUUAAAACUCUUAGAGGGAAAACAUAAGGGGGAAGAUUUAUGACAUUAGAUUUGGCAAUGAUUUCUUAGAUAUUACCUUAAAAGCACAGACAGCAAAAGAAAAAUACAUAAAUCGCACAACAUAAAAAUUUAAAACUUCUGUACAUCACUGGAUACAAUUAACAGAGUGAAAAGGCAACCCAUGAAAUGGGAGAAAACAUUUGCAAAUCGUAUAUGUGAUAAAGGGCUAAUAUCCAGAAUAUACAAACAACUCCUAUUACUCAAUGACAAAAAAUAAACAACCCUGUUCAAAAACAGAUGAACUGGCAUAUUCAAGUAGAAACUCAAUAGAAAUCUCCAAAGAAGAUACACAAAUGGCCAAAAAGUACAUGCGAAAAUGCUCAACAUCACUAGUCAUGAGGGAAAUGCAAAAUAAGAUACCACCUCACACGCACUGGAUGGUCACUAUACAAAAACAGAAACAAACAAACAAACAAAACAGAAAACAAAAUGUGUUGGUGAGGACCUGGAGAAAUGGAAACAUUUAUGCACUGUUAGAGGGAAUAUGAAACAGUACAUGCAGUUGCUGUGGAAAACAGUAUGGUGGCUUUUCAAAAAAUUAAAUGUAGAAUUACCAUAUGAUCCAGCCAUCCCACUUCUGCGUAUACACCCAAAAGAAUCGAAAACAAGAUGUUGAUAUAUUUGUACACCCACGUACCUUGCAGCAUUUUUCACAAGAGCCAAAACGUACAAAAUGUGGUGCAUCCGUACAAUGGAAUAUUAUCCAGCCUUGAAAAGGGAAGGAAUAUCAGGCACAGUAUACAAUGUGAAAAAACCUGUAGGACAUCAUGUUGAGUAAAAUAAGCCAACCACAAGGAUGCCUGGGUGGCCCAGGUCAUUGAGCAUCCAACUCCUCAUCUCAGCUCAGGUCUUGAUCUCAGGAUUGUGAGUUUGGGCCCCACCUUGGGCUGUAUGCUGGACAUGAAGCCUAUUUAAAUAUAAUAAUAAUAGGGGCUCCUGGGUGGCUCAGUGGUUGAGUGUCUGCCUUUGGCUCAGGUCGCGAUCCCAGGGUCCUGGGAUCAAGUCCCGCAUCAGGCUCCCCUCGGGGAGCCUGCUUCUCCCUCUGCUUAUGUCUCUGCCUCUCUGUGUCUCUCAUGAAUAAAUAAAUAAAAUCUUAAAAAAUAAUAAUAAUAACAAGCCAACCACAAAGGGAAAAAUACUGCAUGAUUUCUCUCAGGCCUACACGGAAUGGAGGAGGAGUGGCUUCCAAGAUAAACAGUGAAAAGUGUACUGAGUAUAAACUAAUGACAGUCCCCACAGAUCCAAGGAGACUAUGACCAAAUGGCAAGCCCCCACAGGACCUCAACAGACUCCUUGUUGGGGCCCGGGCCCGGGCCCAGUCACACUCCCACCCUCACUAUUCUGAGCAGCGUCUGCUCAGGACCAAACUCAGAGAGGUUCUUCCUGGCUAUCCCUCUCCAAAUCUGUGCCCCCAACGACAGCCAUGACUGAACCACCAAGUCCUGACCUCACUCGGGCCCAAGAGAGCACUGUGCGGAUGCAGCAGACAUUUCCCCAGAGGGUGGGGUGGGACCAAGAAAGAGUCCGCUUUCUUCCAUGUAUCUGAACCAGCACCAUGGAAAUCUGACUGCUUUGC